GUUUUUCCGAACUUGUACCUGUGUGCAUUUGACAGUAGGGCCGCCUCUGUCACUGCGAGCGACAGCAGAACAGUCAGUGCAUGCACAGAGCGUGGAGGUGCGCUCCCGCGUGAAUGUGUUUUUCAGUGAAAAAUCCGGAACAGUAGUGGAGUGGACACUUUUUUUUUUUUGCUUGUUACAUCCCUCGUCACCGUUUGCUUGUGGUUGGAGAUUCUUCUUGUGUGACUCAUCGGGGAAGGAAAAGCAAAACGAAUGCGCGAGUGAGUGAUAAAGCAAGCGCUGGGUCAAGAGGGCACUGCUCGUCGCCUUAAUCUCCGCCGUCCUUGACGGACAAAGGAAAACCAUCACACGGUCGGGAAGGAAAAGUCCGGACCCAUCGUGGUAGGCGAGCGGAUGCACCUCUUGGAAAAGUUAGCAGCGAACGGCAGAACGGUGAAAACGCCUGGUAGUGGUGUUGGUACUAGUUUGGUAGUGAUGCCAUCCCUGCUCGGUGUGUGAUGUGAAUUCAUACACCCAAGCAGCGUGUUAGCGAGUGCAGUGGCAAUAGUUAGGUGACAAACACUUGUUUGUGCGUUCAACCAAUACACAGCCCGUGCCUCGGCCGGUUCCUUCCGCCCGCGCGGAGAUAGCGCGGUGACACCGUGUUCCGUCGUCUUAUUCGGCGCCCACCACCGGCUGUGGAUGAUGAUAACAGUGUAGUAAAGCGUGAAAUACGACCCGAUCGGGGAGAGCGGAAAAAAGCGCAACCGUGUACGUCGCAUUUUAAUGGCUGUACGUUUCCGAUGCGUAAAAUACGGCGGAGAAAAUUGAACAACAUGUAGCAGUGCGGGUGGUGUAAAUUCGAAAAUAGAAACUACACUACGCUCCAAGCACGUGUGCUAGACGGAAUCUAUACAACUAUUGUAACCCGAUCGACCUACGCGUGGAGUACUACUACGGUACAAAAAGAGGAAAAAAAUGGUGUUCGAAAGCAUCGUCGCCGACGUGCUGAACCGAUUCGUCGGUGAAUACGUCGAAAACUUGGACAAGAAGCAGCUGAAAAUUGGCAUCUGGGGAGGUGAUGUCGUGCUCAACAAUCUCAUACUGAAGCAGAGUGCUCUGAAAGAGCUCGACCUGCCCGUGACAACCCUUUACGGCCAUCUGGGGAAGCUGGUGCUAAAAAUCCCGUGGAAAAAUCUGUACAGCGCACCGGUGGAAGCGAUCGUAGAUAAGCUGUACGUGCUGGCCGUGCCCAACACCGACGUGCGGUACAGCGAGGAAAAGGAGCAGCGCAAUGCGUUCGAGGCGAAGCUGGCCGAGCUGGCACGCAUCGAGCAGGCGAAGAAGAAUGAGGAGGACAAGGACAAGGUGACGGCGGUGGCGGAUAAAUCGUUCGCGGAAAAGCUGACCACCCAGAUCGUGAACAAUGUGCAGAUCCGGAUAUCGGACAUACACAUCCGGUACGAGGAUACGACCACCACCGGGCAACCGUUCGCGUUCGGCGUGACGCUGAGCAAUCUGUCCGUGCACACCACGGACGAGAACUGGGUGCAGACGCUGGUAUCGGAAUCGGUGACGAAAAUCUUCAAAGUGGCCCAGCUGGAGAUGCUUUCGGUGUACAUGAACUGCAACACGCAGCUGUUCCAGUACUCCGAUCCCUCCGAGUAUCGGACACUGUUUGAAGAAUCGAUCGCGUCGAAAACGCGUCAACCCGUCGACUAUCACUACAUCUUCGGGCCGAUCACGUCCGGCGCGUGCCUUGAGAUGACGCCCAACCCGGAGCUGGGCGAAACGCCGUUCUCCUCGCCCAAGAUCAAGCUGCGGCUGUGCAUGGAAACGCUGGCUAUCGGCAUAACUCGUGUACAGUUCCAAAAUACCAUGCAGCUGGUCGAGGCGUUCGGACGGAUGAUGCGUGCCAUGCCGUACCGGAAGUAUCGACCGUACGGGUUCGGGUACAAGGGCAACUACAAGGAAUGGUGGCACUUUGCGUACACCUGCAUCCUGGAGACGGAGGUGCGCCGCCGUAGGCAGAACUGGUCGUGGGAUCACAUGAGGCGCCACCGGCAAAAUCUGCACAAAUACGAGGAAGCGUAUCGGCAGCUGCUGACGGCGAAAAAGGUUACGCCGGAGAUCACGAGCCGCUGCGAGGAGUACGAGAAAAUACUAGACCUUCCCAAUAUCGUCGUCAUCCGGCAGAAGGUGGCGCUGGAAGUGGAAAAGGAAGGCAAACGGCAGGCGGAGGAGAAGAAGGCGGCCGGAUGGUUUAGUUCGUGGUGGGGCGGAGGGGCCAAAAAGGAAGAAGAUUCGACCGGGGGCGAUAUCAAGAAACAGUUUGAAGCAGCUAUGACACCUGCCGAAAAGGCGAAACUGUUCCAGGCCAUCGGGUAUCAGGAAAAUGACGCACCGACCGAGCUGCCGGAGCAUUACAUUGCGCAGAUAUUAGAGUUCGAGCUAAACUCGCUAGAAGUUUCGAUCAAAUCGGAACUGUCGGACAAGGAAACCGUGCUGGAUCGUGUAAUGCUGCUGGAAUUAAAGAACGUUGUCUGUGGCGUUCAGCAGCGCCCGUCGGCGGCCGCUAUGAAAGCAUCGCUCGGUAUGCAGGAGCUUACCAUUUCCGGGCUCCGGCAGGGCGACAUACUGCCCAUCAUGGUGAAAUCCCAACUCGAAGGAUCCAAGACGCUGCUGGACGUAACGUUCGAAACGAACCCGGAGGACAAGCUGUGCGACCAGCGGGUCAUCGUCACGUCCAGACCGUUGCAUAUCGUGUAUGACGCGGAGACUAUAAUUCGGCUAGCGAAAGUUUUCCAAACGCCCCGGACGGCAACCAUAUCUCAGCUAACUGACGCGGCGGCAGAAAAGUUGGUCAACAUCAAGGAACGGUCGGCCACCGGGUUACAGUACGCGAUUGCCAAACAUCCGCGCCUGGAGCUGAACAUCGACAUUAUGCCCAGCUACAUCAUCGUCCCGCACGGAGGCAUAUUUGCCUGCCGUGAGUCGGUGCUGGUGCUCAGCUUGGGUAAGCUGCUCGUCCACACCGAACCAAGGCCCAUCCACCAAAGAGACGUGCAAACGAUGCACGGGGAAGGCAUUGGGCAGGAAGAGAUACUGUCGGAAAUCAUUCGCCAAAGCUACGACAAGUUUGUGCUGGAAGUGCGGGACGUGCAGGCGAUCGUGGCCACCAUCGACGAGGAUUGGCAGGGUACGCUGCGGGUGAAUACGGUCACCGAAAUGCAUCUGCUCGAGCCGACCUCGUUCCGCAUAUCGGCCCAUCUGUGCGUGAUCGACGACGAUCCGCGGCUGCCAAAGUGCAAAAUAUUUGGCGUGCUGCCGUCGGUGAACGUUUGCGUGACGGAGCAGCGCGUGCUGGAGGUGCUGUCGAUCGUGAGCAGCAUCCCACUGCCGGAGGCCGACGAGCAGCUGCAGCCAGCACCGAUUGCCAAGGAUUCGAACGUGUUUAGUUCCAGCUUAUCGUUGCUCAAGUAUCUGGAUGAAAAGCAGGUGAAGCUGCCAAAAAUUCACCGUUCGCCCGAGGCACUAAAUCCGGCCGAUGCGGUCGAUGGGGAUGUGGUGCAGUUUACCGAUAUGGAGAUAAAAUUCGAGCUGCACGAAUGUUCGCUAACCAUUUACAAAAUGAACGGCGGUGGAACGGGCAGCAGCUCGUCGGACGUGUUUGCUACACCGACGGAAGAAUUUUCCCAAUCUCCCGUGGAGCACGAUUUUCAGCCGCAGAAAAGUGUGGCCUUCAGCAUGCCGUACCCGUCCGUCGGUACGAAUCAGCGUAAAAUUAUUGCCUUCAAGGUGAAGCAGCUCGAGAUGACGAUGGUGCAAAGAACGUACGAUCUGAAGGUGGCCCUGAAGCUGGGCGCCGUCACGCUGGACCAGUUCCGCUGGCGCAACGAGCAGGAGCGUGUGCUGAACGUCAUUCAAACGCCCAAGUACGACAACAACGAUGACUAUCUGUUUACCGUCAACUACAACAAUUGCAAGAAAAACAGUCCCGAGUUUGCGACGAAGUACGAAUCGGUAGAGCAGGAGGUGGCGAUCGAUUUCUCCACCCUGCUGUUGCUGCUGCACGAGGACGCACUCAACGAGUUGAUCCAGCUGGCGAACGAUUUUCAGGUCCGGAUGGAAGCGGUGGCGAAGAAGCAGGAAUCGGAUUCAACCGUUGGCCAACAGCCUAAAGAUCACUUUGCUACGAUACACGAGGAGGAAAGUGCUGCCACGGCUUUGCUGAAUGCGGCCCGCGAACGGUUGCCAACGAUACUGGAGGAUGACGGUAUUGUUGCUAGCAGUUCCAACAAAGUUUCUCGUAAACGUCAAUCGAUUGUAGACAGCAUCAAGGUGAGAGUGGUGGCCAAGCUGGAGGAUGUUACGGUGGAGUUGCAAAACGACAAGCGGUCCCUGGCGGUGCUGGAAGUAAAAAAUCUCACCAGCAGCGUGAUUAUGAAAACCUCGUACACGGAAAUCAAGUUACGGCUCGAGGAUAUAGUGCUGACCGACACCAAUCCAGCCACCAUACACAGCAAAAUACUGUCCAUCGUGGGCGAUGAUGCGCUGCAGGUGCAGGUGCUGCUGUUCGAUCUGGACGCCACCUCGGACUACAACUCCGACAACAUGCGCAUCGAGGUGGUGAUGGGCUGUGCGCGUAUCGUGUUCCUGAACUGGUUCGUCACGUCCGUGCUGGCGUUCCUGGACAACUUUCAGGCGGCCCAGCAACGCAUUAAGGACGCGAGUGCGGCGGCGGCCGAAGCUGCCAAGAACAAUGUUGUCGAAGCGUACACGCAGGCAACGCGCAUGAAGCUCAACAUAAAGGUGAAAGCGCCCAUCAUCAUCAUACCGGUCGAUUCGCGGAGCUUGAAAGCGGUCGCGAUGGAUUUCGGCCAUCUGAGCAUUACGAACAACUUCCGCGACAUACCGACGGAGAACCAGCACGGGCCGGCCGUUAUCGACGAGAUGAGGAUCGAGCUGAAGGACAUGAAGCUGGCGAAGGUGGAAGUUUCCCAGGUGGAAGCCGGUGCGGAAUCUUUCUCGCGGUACGGCGCGGAAGAUGUGAGCUAUGGGCUCGUGCCGGACCAGGGCGCGGUCCUUAGCCCGACCAGCUUCACGCUGAUCAUGAAGCGAAACCUUUCGUCCGGGUGGUACCGCGAUCAUCCGGAUAUGGACAUUUCGGGACGGCUGAAGGCCGUUGAGCUAAACUUCAUAGCCACCGAUUACAGUGUGAUAAUGCAGAUCCUGUCGAAGAACAUGACCGAGGGCCAGGACGAGUUUAAAAAGCCAGUCAAAAUGGAAAAAUCACCCACCAGUCCACAAGUAGUGUGCUACAAUAACGCUGUUACUACAACCGCUGAAGUAAAUCUGUCGCCUGAUGCAAAAUCAAACUGGUCGGUGGUGGCGAAGAAGGCAACGGCGAAACCGUUCGGCGUGGAUGUGACCCAAUUGAAAGCGUCCGAAAACAAACCAUCAAACGGCAAGCAACCGGAAACGGCCAAAGUUGACACGUUUCUUAAAUUCAGCUUCCAAGUGGACAGCAUCAACAUAAAACUUUUCACCGCUCCCGGCGAAGGGCUGGCCGGGUUCGAGGUGUUUUACCUGUCGCUCCAAGGAAGGAAGCUCACGGACGGUAGCUUAAACACGGCAAUAGUGCUGUGCGACAUCAGGCUUGACGAUAUUCGGCCCAAUCGCGAGAAUAUGCUCACCCGGCUAAUGGAGCGUCGAGCACAGGAAUCGUCUUCGUUGGACCUAUCCAGCGUGAGAGAGUGCGAAGAGGAAUCCGAAUCGUCGCUCGUCUCUCCGCUGCGGUCGAUGAUCAACAUCACCUUCAACAUGAAGGAGAGUGAUAUGUUUGCGGACGUGAAGGUGUCCAGCUUUAAUUUGAUUCUGUCGGUCGAUUUUCUGCUAAAGCUGCAACAAUUCCUGCAGCCGGAAGAGCUGACCGAGCAGAAGGCACUGCAGGCGGCGGAAGUUGAGCAAACGGAGCGUAUGCGGCGUGCGAGUACUUCGGCCGGAGCUGCUAGCCAGCAGCAGGAAGCCGGACAAAUGACGGUUAUUCUGAAGAUUGAGCAACCGGACAUUAUUUUGGUGGAAAAGAUGGAUGACAUCAAUUGCUAUGCGCUGAUACUGAACAACGAGAUUGCACUGAACGUACGGUUGAUAGGCGAGCGGCAAAUCAUCAAGGGCGAGCUGAAGGACCUCUGUCUGUACUAUGCCGAAUUUAACCCGGCACGCCGGAACUCUACCAAACAUUACGUGGUCCGUCCGUGUUCCAUCAGCCUGAACGGGUCGACGCCCGAAGGGCUCGGGUUGCAUCUGAGCAUCAACUCGACGGAAAUUGAGCUUUCCGUAUCGCCGGCGGUGAUUGAGCUGAUGAACAAUGCGCUGCAAACGCUAACUGCCAAGGAGCUGUCGAAAUUGGACGAAUCGGCCACGGCUGACGACUAUUGCGAUUUGUGGCACGUGAAAGAGUUCGAUCCGGACCAGUAUUGGUUCAUCCAGCCGGAGAUGGCCGAAGACGCGCUCAGCCUGGAGUCGAUGCGAACGGUCGAGAUCAAGGAAGAGAAGUGUAUGAUCGACAUCCCCUGUAUCUCGCUGAUUGUGGAAACCGGGCUCGGCACCAACACGAUUCCGAUGCUGUACAUCAAGACCAGCCUGGAAGGAUCGGUGGCGAACUGGAGCUCGGACAUGAAAAUCAGCAGCUCGCUGCGGUUAAGCAUGUCGUACUACAACCAGGCGCUCGCCCUGUGGGAGUAUGUCAUCGAGCCGAACGUGAUCGAACAACCGAACGGACAGAUCACGCAUAUGCCGUGGGAGUUGACGUUCGAUUUGGAGGUGGACCAUCACGAGGAUCGAUCGCGCGAGCCGACCACGCGAAUGCAUAUCGCUUCGCGGGACAGCUUGGAAAUGACGGUCACCAAAACCUGUCUGGAUGUGGUGCAAAACCUUGGCAAAGCGUUUUCCGAGGCGAUCAAACGGGACGGAAUCAUCAAGUCGGAAAUACAAGCACCGUACGUGGUGCGCAACGAUACCGGUCAGGAUGUGAAGGUGAACUUGGCGGCCAGUGAUUUCCACAUUCAUCGAUCCCAUCUCAGCUCGUCGCACGUGGACGAGCUGAUCGCGUACGAGCACUCGGCAGACGAAGAGCAGUCGGUAAGCAGCUGCAUCAUAAUGCCCAACGGGCGGUUACAGUUGCAACCGAGGCAGCACAGCUUCGAACGAAGCACCAUCCUGACCGUGCUGGACGACAAGGACACUAGCAAGCGUAUGUUCGUGAAGGUGAUCGUGGGCGAUACGGACAAGGAGCUGACGCUUCCGGUGUACAAAUCCGACAAGCGGUACUUCCCGCUGUUCCGCAGCACGGGCCAGGAAGCGUGGGGAAUCAUUUCGGAGGUGAAGAUCGAGCACGGUUGUACGGUGCUGGUGCUUCGCAGCAUCGUGCAGGUGUACAACCACUUUACCGUCCCGAUAGACGUGUUUCAGUUUAUCGAUCAUGAAAAGUAUCUUAUCGGGGAGGUGCGUGCGGGCGGAUAUCUGAACGUGCCACUCUACUACCUGUACAACGAUUCUAAGGAGUUGCACUUCUCGAUGAAAGGCUACCACUCGUCGGCGCAAGGCAUCAGUUGGAAGGAGUCGCCCAACAGCUUCGAGCUAAUGAAGGCACUCCAGUGCGAUCCUAUCAAAACGUUCGAACCGUUCUAUAUCAAUGCUGUUCGGCAACGGCAAGACGUAUUUUACAUGAUAUCAUCUAACCAUACGAUGUUGAGUGCUUGCUACGAAAUUCAUUUGCGACCACCGUUCAUGCUACGCAAUGCGUUGCCUAUCGGGCUUACCAUUUCCGUUGCUGGAUGUUCCGUGCGGCGCGAACUGGACACUGGGCUGGUAACCAGUAACGAAAGUCUGUCCAAUGCUUCGACGGUGGCCGGUGAAGAUUAUUUGGAUUAUGGAGAAAAGUUGCUUCGUCCGGGGGAGUUACUUCAUCUGCCGACGGUGAAAACUUCUGCCCGCUCAACAACGGAAACCUCGUACAUUGUGGCGCGGCUUGUCGGCUAUCUGGACAAAGAUUGGUCCUGCACAACGGAUAUACCUGCUCAGCCGCCCGAAUUUGGCGUGUGGACCUUCAAUGCGUAUGACUCGGUGGAGGUGAUGUCGUUGCAACUAGGAGUCAAGUAUGAGAACCGUGCCGAUGGUUUAACGCUGAUCGUGUACUGCCCAUUCUGGAUGUUGAAUAAAACCGGACUGAUGCUGAGCUAUCGGCUUCCCUCGAAGUAUAUGUGUCCGCUGCUUCGGAAAUUAUUAAACAGUUGUGUGUCCAAGGAUGAAGCAAACGACGAGAAUACCAACAUUCUGUACCAUCCGCCGGAGUACGAGGGACCGAUACUGUUCUCCUUCCGCGAGAAGGUAUUCUUCGGCAAAAAGAAGGCAGCGAUCCGCGUCGACACGGGCGAAUGGAGCGAUAAGUUCUCGCUGGAUGUGGCCGGCUCGAGCGGCGUGGUACUGUGCCAGGCCAACAACAUGACGUACCAGAUCGGGGUGAACAACACGCUGACGCACAACUCGCUCACGAAGCAGAUCGUCUUCAUGCCGUACUUUGUGCUGAUCAACCGGGCCAACUUUGACGUGGAGGUGCAGGAGCAUCUGCGCCCGGGCGAUCCGUGGACGAAGGUGGGCGUGAACGAGUGCGUACCGCUGUGGCCCAAAACCGAGGACAACCGUAUGCUGAAGGUGAAGAGCUGCGAGCUGCCGGAAGUGACGGCACCGUUCAAGUACACGGAGGUGCAGUGUACGCUGCUGCAGCUGCGCAACCGGUUCGGAGGCAUCAACGUGGAUGUGCACGUUACCGAGGGUGCAAUUUACAUCACCUUCACCGGGUACUAUCCGGGCGACGCACCGGCCUUGCUGAUGAACCAUACGUGCGAACCGUUCGCGUUCAAGGAGAAAGGUGACGUGAACGGGAAAGUGCUGAUGCCCUCGCAAAGGGUGCUCCACACGUGGAUCGAUCCGGCCGGCGAACGGAAGAUCGUGUGGGAGAGUGGCUCGAAACCGCAGCCGAUCGAAAACGAUCUGCGGCGCGAUGGCAUCAGCGAGUUUAAGUCACCGACGGACAGCGUCAUCUACUGGGUAUCGUUUUUGAACGGCACCCAGCGCGUGCUACUGAUCACGGACAACUGUAACAUCGCGUACGGCGUUCACAGCGCUAGCCGGCUCGAUCAGGUGACGCAGGAAGUGAGGCUGGAGGUACACGGCAUCGGGCUGUCGCUGGUGAACAAUGCGAAACCGACCGACCUGAUGUACAUCGGCAUUGCCAGCUCGGGCGUCAUAUGGGAGGAAUGCAAACGGUCCGGCCGGUUCCGGCAGAUGAAGAUCCAGGAAACGCUGCACAUGGAAGCCCAGUACCAGCAGUAUCUGCGCGACCUGGAGGUGGGCACGGUGGCAAGCAAGCGCUAUUUCUUAGACAGCGAUAUGCGCCAGCAGAUCGACUUCGCGAGCAUGAUGGUACGCAAGUCGACCGAACGUGCGAUCAAGCGCACGUUCUAUCCCGGGCUGUGGGUGGAGAUCAAAUCGUCCAGCCAUCAGCUACAGUUCCACGCCAAGGUGAACCGCAUCCAGAUCGACAAUCAGCUGGUGGAUUGCAUAUUCCCCGUCGUGCUGGCGCCGGUGCCACCGCCGAAGAGUGUGGCGGCGACGACCGAAUUUAAGCCGUUCGUCGAGAUGAGCAUGGUGCAGCGCAUUAUUCCCCACUCGAACAUUAAGCAGUUCAAGUACCUCUGCGUGCUGAUACAAGAGUUUCACGUGAAGGUGGAUCUGCUGUUUAUCAACGAAAUCAGUGAGAUGAUCAGCACCGAGAUCACGGAAACGGAAGCGAAACGCCUGUUUGCCGAGGAUCUGAAGCUUCAAACGCAACCACUGCACGCCCACGUCGCCAUCCAGUCGCAGCAGGAGGUGAAGAACUUCUACGACAAUCUGCACCUGGGGCCGCUGAAAAUUCACGUCAGCUUCUCGAUGGCGGGCUCCGAGUCGAAGGCACUGCCAGGCAUCCUGUCGACGAUUCUGCAGGGCGUCGGUGUAACGCUGACCGACAUCAACGAUGUCGUGUUCCGGCUAGCGUUCUUCGAGCGUGAAUAUCAGUUCCUGACGCAGCGCCAGCUCGUGUCCGAGUGCGUUGCGCAUUACAGUGGGCAGGCGGUCAAGCAGCUGUACGUGCUGGUGCUCGGGCUGGACGUGAUCGGCAAUCCGUACGGGUUGGUGGUCGGGUUUACGAAGGGCGUCGAAGAUCUGUUCUACGAACCGUUCCAGGGCGCGAUACAGGGCCCGGGCGAGUUUGCCGAGGGUCUGGUGCUCGGUGUCAAGUCCCUGUUCGGGCACACGGUUGGCGGAGCGGCUGGAGCCGUUUCAAAAAUAACCGGUGCGAUGGGCAAGGGUUUGGCCGCCCUGACGUUCGAUGACGAUUUCCAGAAGAAACGGCGCGACGCGAUGAACAAAAAGCCGGCCAGUCUGCAGGAAGGCAUCGCACGCAGCGGCAAGGGGCUGGUGAUGGGUGUGUUUGACGGUGUGACGGGCGUGUUUACCAAACCGAUCAGUGGCGCCAAGGAGGAGGGCGUGGAAGGAUUCUUCAAGGGUCUGGGCAAAGGGGCGGUCGGGCUGGUGGCCCGUCCGAUUGCCGGAGUGACCGAUUUCGCUAGCGGUAGCUUCGAUGCCGUCAAGCGUGCGACCGAGCUGUCCGACGAGGCUAUCCGGCUGCGUCCUCCCCGUUACCUCCACAAGGAUGGUAUCGUGCGGCCGUACAAUCGCAAGGAAGCGGAAGGAUCGAAACUGUUGAGGGAAAUUGAUAAGGGCAAGUUUGGCGCCACGGACGCAUACGCUUAUUACGAAGUGAUCAUUGACAAUAAGGACGUCGUCGUGUUGACGGACAGUCGCAUUAUCUACGCUACUAAGAGUGAAAUGUUUGGUGGUUGGCAGUCCGAGUGGACCCACAAAUGGACCGAAAUCUUGAGCAUCUCCACGCUGAACGAUGGUGUUGAGCUGCUGCUGCACAACCGGGACGGUAAGAAGACGCUGAAGAAAAUGUUCGGCUCAUCGGGGCCAAGCAAAAAGAUUCUCCUCAUAUCGGUGGCCGGCAAACGGGCUCGGCUCGUGGAAGAAAUGCAGCAACUGUUGGCAAAGGUCCAGCAGCAGCAUAAUUAGACGACAGAAACAGAAUCGUUUCUUUGCUUUAUUACGAACGCAAAACAGCCUUAACCCAUGGACCUGCUGCCAGUGCGUAACUUAAUUCCGUUAGAGGUAUGUCGUUGCAACUGUGUUUGUUAAGUGGUUUUUUCUUUCCCACUGCAUCGAUCAUUCUACAAAAACCAACUAGCGUUAACAUUUGUGUAAUCGAAACCGAAAGCAAGCAAAAUCAAUCGAAAGUACAAACAUAUUUACUUCUUUCUACGUGUACGCUUUUUAAAAGUCUAUUAGUAUAGUAUUGUGUUGCCGCCAAGCGCCUGCAUGUGCUGCGGUGCUGCAGUACAAUCGAUCAAUUAUUGUUACGUGUCUUUGUACGUACUUUCAAAGCUAUAUUUCGUUACUCUAUUUUCUAUUCGGCCUUUUUCAUGCAUAACGAGGAAACAAUAUAUCGGGAACCAAGAAUUAUAAUAUACAAAAACCACUCUUUGUGAAUAAAUAGAUGAGCUGUGGAAGCGAGGGAGGGAGUGAGAGAGUGAUAUAUACAUCAUACAUUUAUGAAUGUGAAUAGAAUGUGAUCGUC